AUGAACCAUCUUGUUCUACUUUUCUCAUUGUUCUUGGCUCAAGCAUUUGCUGACAAAGAAAGUCAGAAAAAAACCCAAAACUUUUCUUCAAACAACGCUAGUCAUAAACGACUGAAGAGAGACUGGAUAUGGAACCAAAUGCAUAUCAAGGAAGAGAUCGACACACAAUUACCACACCAUGUUGGCAAGAUCACAUCAAAUGUAAGGAACCAAUACGCUAAGUAUAUUAUUGAAGGUGAAUAUGCCAACACCAUUUUUAAAGUGGAAGAAAAAAGUGGUGAUGUAUAUGCAUUCGAGAGGCUAGACAGAGAAAAGAAAGCAGAGUACGAACUGACAGCUCUCGUUAUUGACAGCAGAAACAACCAGUCACUGGAACCCCCAUCUAAAUUCAUUAUCAAGGUUUAUGAUAUUAAUGACAACGUCCCUGUGUUUGUACAAAAAGUAUUCAAUGGAUCUGUCCCAGAAAUGUCACCAGUAGGAACCUCAGUCACCAAAGUGACAGCUGUAGAUGCUGAUGACCCAACAGUUACAGGUCACGCCACAGUUACCUACCAAGUCAUUAAAGGAGACGAGUAUUUCACAGUUGAUGACUCUGGUGUUAUAUCUACAACAAGGGCUGAUCUAGAUAGAGAGAAUCAAUCAACAUAUGAAAUUAUUGUUAGGGCAAAAGAUGCUCCAGGGUCUUUUGGAGAGUCAAGUACAGCCACAGUGAUUAUCUCUUUAACCGACAUCAAUGACAACUUCCCAGUAUUCAAACACCCAUCAUUUCACUUUAAAGUCCCUGAAAACAUCUCAGUAGGAGGAGAAGUUGGCAAAGUCAAAGUAGAAGAUAUUGAUGAACCACAACAUAGAAAUACGAAAUACAGUUUUGUCAGAGGAGAUUACAGGGAUACCUUUGAAAUUGUAGCGAAUCCAUUCACCAAUGAAGGAAUCAUUAGGCCAAAAAAGCCCCUGGACUUCGAAAAGGUAGCAGAAUACAGGUUUGACAUUGAAGCAACAGAUCCCACAGUUGAUCUUCGCUAUUUUAAAUCUGGUGGGCCUAGGAGCAUUUCAACAGUCACCAUCGAAGUCACUGAUGUGGAUGAGCCUCCUGUCUUCACAAAACUACCAUACGAAUUUAAAGUAAAGGAAAAUGAUCCAGAACAGAGUCUUGGUUCAGUCUGGGCAUAUGACCCUGAUGCAGCUAAACGGAAAAUAAGAUUUCUUCGACGAAGAGCAAGUCCUAAUGGAGACUAUAUUAGGGUAUCUGACUCUGGAAUUCUCCAAAUUCCCAAGCCCCUGGACAGAGAAUUCAGUUCCUCAUACAACAUCACUGUAGCAGCUCGGGAAAUCCUUGAAGAUGGCCGCCUUUCUGACCUAGAAUCACAUGCUCAAGUUCAUGUAAUAGUUAUUGAUGUAAAUGAUAAUGCUCCAGAACUCGUUUAUCCUGAGGAACCCAGAGUAUGUGAAAAUGCUGCACCAGGAAAGGUAAUCGUGAGGAUUUCAGCUACUGACAAGGAUGAAGUAUCAUCUAGAGGUUUCUUCAGCUACUACCUGGCCACAGAAGAUAGCAAUUUCUCCUUGAUUGAGAACCACGAUAACACAGCUAAUAUCACUGUCAAAUAUGGACAGUUUAAUCGUGAACUUGCCAAAAUCCACUACCUGCCUGUCAUCAUCUCAGACAACGGUGAGCCUGUCCUCAGCAGCACAAACACACUUGUCAUCAGUGUCUGCAAGUGUAAUGAAAAAGGCAACUUCACUUUUUGUGAGGAAAGAGCUAAACAAGUUGGAGUUAGUAUACAAGCACUGGUGGCAAUUUUUAUUUGUAUCUUCACAAUCAUUGUCUUCUUUGCAGUAAUCACAUUGCUAAUUCUCCUAAGAAAAAGACACAAGAAGGAUUUGAGCGCUCUUGGGAGGAAUGUGGCAGAGAUUCAUGAGCAGCUUGUCACUUAUGAUGAAGAAGGUGGUGGUGAAAUGGAUACCACCAGCUAUGAUGUAUCUGUACUCAACUCUGUCCGCAAGAACGGUAUAAAGCCAGAAGCAGUCCCCUCUCCGUAUGCACAAGUUCAAAAGCCUCCUGGAAAUAUAACUUCUGGUGCUGGAGAAAUGGAAAUGAUGAUUGAGGUUAAGAAGGAUGAAGCUGACAAUGACAGGGAUUUGCUGCCAUAUGACACACUUCACAUUUAUGGCUACGAAGGUGCUGAGUCCAUUGCAGAAUCUCUCAGUUCUUUGGAAUCAGGCUCCUCAGACUCAGAUAUUGAUUAUGACUUUCUGAAUGACUGGGGACCCAGGUUUAAAAUGUUAGCUGAGCUCUAUGGAUCAGAACCAAAUGAAGAUUUUAUCUAUUAA